GUUGUCAAGGGCGGGGCGACAGCCGGUUGCUAUGGAGAGCCUGGCCUGCGGUGGAUUGUGGGAGGAAAGAGACGUCAUCAGGGCGGCGGUAACUUUUGAGUAAGAGGACGUUGUUUUGAGUUUAGCUGCUUCAGGCUGAGGCAGAGACGGAGAGAAAAAAGAGAGUCCACUCUGGAAUGGCUUGCAGUUUCCAGAAGCUAUUUUCUGUUGAUGAAGAGUUUGAUGAUGAUGAUGAUGAUUUACUAUCAGCUGCGCUGGAUGUUGAAAAGACAACUACCAGUUCGUCUGGAGCAAAUCCAUGUGUUAGGUUAAGACCCAUUGCUUCAAUUCUCAGGACACCUACUAACUCAUCUUAUGAACCUAAGAGCUUGCCACAUGGCACCUUGGGUCAGAGGUAUUGCCAGUUGGAGUAUGGUUGUACUUCAAAAUAUAUGACCAAUGAUUAUCCUACAAAAAGUGCAAUGGCAGCAUCAAUAGAUUCUUCUGAAUCAAACAACUGGAAUAACAAACAAAAACCAACCCCUGACUUAAAGCAGAACACCACUGAAGUUGGCUCAGUUGAAGAAAUUGAUGAUUUAUUUUGGUCUGACUGUGAGGAGUUGGAGGAGGAUGGCAAUGUGCCAAAUACAACAUUGAGGAAGACCAAUAGUCCAAUGUUUUUAGAGAAGACAGUUGUAACCCCUAGAAUUAUUCCUUCUUCAAAAUGUCAAAGAAAUGAUCUUGCUGUGCUACCAGCGAAAUUGCCACAACACGAGAGAACAGACACUGGCAAGAGUGAAAGUUCUAAAGUGACUGUUUCUUGCAAAAAUAGUCAAGCAAUGAUUCCGAAAAAUUAUUCUGAGACUGCACGCAAAACUUCAAAGUUUCAUCCAUCAUUUGAAUUUAACCAGUGUCCAACUGCUGUGAGCAACUCCAAUUCUGGUGGCAUCAGAAAGCAAGGAGACAAAAAUUCCUCUGAGAUAAUUGAAAGUCACGGUCAUUCUGCUACGCUGUCGAAUGUUGUGCCAAGAACUGAAUUUUGUAGUUCUAUUCCAUCUGACAAUAUUAGAUCAGCAAAAGAAUUAACACCGGUGCCACAAAAUCAUUUAGGAACAAUCAUACGAGGGAGUGCUAUUGGCUCAUGUAAACUUGUGUCUUCAAACCUGCAGACUCCAUCUCCACCACAGCAAGUAAGUUCUACUGGUACUAAAAACUGUCUAAAUCCAAUGUUAUUGAGACCAAGGCUACCUCUACAGAACUCUUCAAUCCCUAAACAUUCCAAUGGAGACGUCAAAAGAGCAACUAUAUCCACUAGUGAUCCUCGAACAUUAAUAUGUGGUUUUGAAAGCCCAUCAGCUGCUAUUGGAGCUCAAUAUUCACCAGCCACAAAUUCAGGUUGUGUGGGAACCCCUGUUACCAAUCACUUGAUUCAGUUGGUAUCGGCAGCUAAUCGAACACCAGAAGCUGUGAGGUUAGACAGGCCCCGACCGAAGCGACGCUUUCCUGGACCUGCUGGAAUUCUUCCUCAACAGCAACUUGGGAAAAACCUAGAUGAUGUCUUAAUUUCAGAUCCACAGACGCCAACUCAUGGUGCAGUGCCAAAGCUAAGGCCUCAGUCUCACAUUAAGGAGGUCCCUGGUUCUCAACAAUCUGUUGAAGAUGACUUUGGUAGAGGACCGUGGGCAACCAUGAAAGCAGAGUUAAGAUUGGAUGAGGAAGAUGCUGACUGUUUCCUUCGAAGUUACAGCAUUGUCAUGGUUCUACGAAAAGCAGCCUUAAAACAGCUCCCCAAAGGCAAGGUCCCAAAAAUGGCAGUUCUUGUAAAGUCACUGACACGCACAAAUACAGAUGCCAGUGCUGUUUUUAAAGAUCCAUCAGGAGAAAUGCAAGGCACCAUUCACAGACAGCUUCUAGUUGAGGAACUGAAUAAUCUUAAGGUUGGAACAGUGCUUCUCUUGAAACAGGUUGGUGUAUUUUCUCCAUCACUUAGAAAUCAUUAUUUGAAUAUAACACGAAGCAAUGUGAUAAGAAUAUACCCACAAGGUGCCAGUGAAUGCAUUCGUUACCAGCUGGAUCAGAGUCCUGAGAACCACAUUACAUUUCAACAUUCCACCUUUGACUUAGUGGCCGGGUCUCCCUGUAAACCGAGAUGUGAAUCUUCAAUGAUGGACAGAAAUUCCUGUACAGACUCCACAUCAUGGGCUUCUCAGACACCACCUUCUCGUACAAGGGAUAAAAGCAUGGCUUUAUCUGAAUAUAAAGGCACUGCAUUACAAGAAUAUUGUGCAGAAAACUGGGAAGAAGAUGGUCUUGACUGCCUGAUGGCUGAACUGCCAGAGGAACUGUUCACCCCAUUUUUAGAGCCUAGUUAAUGUCCCUGUGGAGCACAGAAUUGAAUACAGGAUAGCCUAUUAUUUAUUUGUUUUGUUUGGUUUAAACUGAUAAUUGUAAGUUGCAAGUCUGUUUCCAUAUCCCAUGGGAAUUUUAUUAACAUGAGACUACACAAUCACUUCAAUUAGGACCUAAAUUACCUCCAUUAAGGAUGAGAUAUUUCCUCUUGGAUUAAGAAUCAGACUUGGGAGGUUAAGACAUUGUAUAUACCACUACAGUCUUGCUACAUUACUGUAAAAUAUAUUUUGGUGCAUUUAAAGUGAACUGAAUCGACUUCACUUUAUAAUGAUUCAAUUUAAGCCUGAGAUUUUUUGUUAAAUCUUGCUGUGUAUUGAAUGUGAAAAGAAUGCUAAUUUUGGAAAUUCAUUAAAAUAUGGAUUUAUGUUAAGAUUUUGUGCCUUUCAUGUUGGAAGAAGGUCUCUAAUGUUGGACUAAGUUCUGAAGUCAUGGUAGAUUAAGAUUUGGUUAAUCCCCAUUUCAAAUUGUGCUGCUAUUCAUCCUCCAAACUCCUUAUUUCUGGAGUUUCUGUUGGUUCCUAGUUUCUGCUGGAGUCCAGUGCAUUCAUUGAGCUAGAGAUCUGUUAGUUACCUUUCGACAAGCUGCACUGAAGCUAGCUUAACUGAAAUGCUAUUUGGAUAUUCCAUUGAGUCACAGGGAAAUGAAUUGUAUCAACUUCCCAGCACUUCUGUUUGUCACUUAAACCAUCCUACAUUUUUAAGAUUUACAGAGGGGUGUAAAUCAUAAGAAUACCUUUGUGCAUACGUUGGCUUUAGGAACUAUAUGCUUGGUUUCAUAAUUCCUUUUUUGAGUUCAAAGAUUUUGUCUGGGUCUUAAGCUCAAACCCAUGUGGUGAUUUUAAGACCAUUGUGUGGCUGUCGAACAUUUGUACAACUAUGGAGACUGACAUUAAGGGCAAUAGCACCAGCUAGUGGUCAUAUUAUGUGCAUUUUUUUUAACUUACGAGCAAUUCCAAUUUUCAUCACCUGGGGUUGGACUCAAGACCUGU